AUGUAUCGCCAACUUUUCGAGCAUAUCGAGGUGACUGCUCAGCGUGAGCCCGAGGUCAAGGUGAGCUCCAAUCGAUAAUUUUAACGCUCAGAAACUUGAAUUUAGGCGAAUUCCGUGGAAAAUGAGCAAAAAUCUCCAGCGAAACCCGUAAAUUCAUCGGAAAUCGUUCAAAUGUCAAAGGCAAACGAGGUGAAACCCGGGAAGAUCAGCGAGAAGUCGUCGUCGGGAUCGGCGUCGUCAGAGAAGGAGAACAGCGAGCCGUUGGAUGCAAUCGGUGAGUCCAAUGGCUUCUCCCACUCUAAUCCCAUCAUUAUCAACCGCGGGCGGCCGUCAUUUUGCGCACGUUUUUACGAGCAAAUCUCUUUUUGACUAUAAUUAUGAGGUCUUCGAUUGAAAUCCGAAUCGAGUUAGCCUCCCCUAGACCGAUUCGGAAUCUUUUUGAGCGAAUGACGGAGGCGCGUCCGGAUUACUCACUAGGUUUGUUUCUAAUGUCGUCACGCUUACGUUAUUUGCUGCCAGUUGGAAGUUCAGCGACUAAUCGGAUCAAAAACGGGAAUUUCCAGGGCAAAAGAUAUUCGACGAGACGUCUCGUCUGUCCGAUCGGCAGAGGGAAAUCAUACAGAAGACGUUUACGAGCGUUGAGAAGGAUUGCGUCCGAAAUGGGCUCAAGAUCUUCGUCAGGUACGUAGAUCGAUAGUAUUGACAAGAAUCGCAUCUUUUUUGCAGACUUUUUGCGGAAUACCCUCGCUACAAGUUGAUUUGGCCUCAAUUCCGCGCGAUUCCCGAUUCGAGUUUGAUGAAUGCGGUCGAGUUACGGUAAGAAGAUGGUAGACGGAGAUCCGAGUGGAAAAUUGGAAUCUUUUUAAGAAGACACGCAUCGGUGUACUUGAAAGGUCUCGGAAGGAUCAUCGAAUCGAUGCGGAACGAAGAGGAAUUGGCAAAAUCCAUGUCACGCAUCGCUCAGGCUCACAUCAAAUGGAAUGUUCAGCGGAAUCACGUUAUUGUCAGUUUCUGUUACAAAAAAAAACAAAAGUUCUAGAAUUUCGACUCACGACUCAAAAUUAUGGCUUGAAAGAGUCAGGGCCGAUCGAAUGAGCGAAAGUGUCUCAAAAAUCCACCUCUAACCGAGUCCGAAGCAAAAAACCUUUAAAAAACGUUUCCAGCACAUGAUCGAGCCGGUUCUGGAAGUGGUCAAAGAGUGCAACGGCUACCAAUUGGACGAGGAGACGCGCCAAUCGUGGACGGUCCUCUAUCAGGUCAUCGCAAAUCUAAUCGAAAUUUUCCGUUGUCGCACUGCGAACGAAUAA